UUAUAGAGGAAUUUUGCUUUAAAAAUUUGCGAUUGGCUGUUUUAGGCAACCACCAGCAGAAAAACUUGAAGUGACUAGUGUUGCACCUUAUGUCACCGUUUUGUACAAUGAUGAAACGCAUACCUAUGAAACGGUCAUCCGAGCCCUGGAAAUGUUUAUAAAUUGCACUAAAGAUCAAGCUAUGUUAAUAGCCACAAUUGUGGAUCGUGAAGGUCGAAGUGCAGUAAAAGUUGGACCGAAACAGGACUGCGAAAGGGUGAAAACUGACAUUCAGCGACGGACACUUCGGGAUAUGAACCGAAGAACAGAGAAAGCAGGUCCUUUAGAUGUAAAAGUGAUGGAUGGAGCUCUCGUUGCCCAUCAAAAUCAUGCUAUCGCCCUCCUUGCCUGGCUUAAUUCUCAAAUUGAUGCAUUUCGUAAGCUGUAUUCUUCGUUUUCAAGCUACUCAGAAAUUUUGGAGUAG